GCGUUCCACAGGGAGCAAGCGCUCGCGCAGAGCAGGGCUUUCAGUUUCUGGCGCGAACUUCCGCCGUUGCGAAGUUGCAGGGCGGCUUGGCGCGAUGUCUGGGGACGGCAGCGGCCGCCGGUCCGAGGGCCGGGGCCGGGGCCGCGACCCGCACCGGGAUCGCACCUGCUCCCGCUCCCGUUCGCGGUCCCCGCUGUCGCCCGUGUCCCGCCGCGGCGCCGCGCCCGAGCGCAGGGAGGCCCCGGAGCGCCCGAGCCUGGAGGAAACGGAGCCGUCGGAUUCCGGGGACGAGAUGAUGGAUCCGGCGAGCUUGGAGGCGGAGACCGACCACGGCCUGUGCCGCCAGAUCCGCCAUCAGUACCGGGCGCUCAUCAACUCGGUCCAACAAAACCGGGAGGAUAUAUUGAAUGCCAGCGACAAGUUAACAGAGGUCCUUGAAGAGGCCAACACCCUGUUUAAUGGAGGUAAUUCAUUAUUUUAUGUGUGGAAGCUUUUUGUUAUCAUAUAUUUUAGGAUAAUUUUCAUUAGUUUUACAUAAGAACCGAAUUAUUGACAUCAGACAACUCCCACAUUUAUAAGAGUGCUUUACUAGUUUUGGAACCUUUUUCACCGUAGCACUACUACUACUUUUAUUGUGCACUUACCAUUCCCUAAGCAUAUAGUAAGGGCUUUACAUGAAAUUUGGGGAAGUGGGGGCCAGCAGCCUGUCUAACAAGCCCCCCAGGUGGUUCUGUUGCUUUUUCAAAUUUGAGAACUUUCUGUGUAUUAUCUUUCUACUGUAUUGACUGCCUUAUCCCCAGAAUGCAUUGGUUGAAUGGAUGAAUUAAAAAGAAAGAACUGAGCUGGACUUUGACGUCCUGUUUCUUUCCCUGUCCUCCUCCCGACCUCCCCUCCCUCAGCUCCUUGGUCUUGGUCCACCUGUAACCCAGUAGGGGUAACCAUGUCUACAGGUGGCCCUGUUGGUCUCUAAUGGGGGGAGGGGUGUGAGAAAGAGAGAGAAAUCUCAGCACUGAACUCUAGACCUUUGUUGCAGAGGGAGGAGGCGCUAAAAAAUAAUCUUGGUUUGAAUUAAAAGCAGCAGCAAUGUUAGUGGUAAGAGCAGUCUGUCUGUCUGAAGACAGAGGACAGGUCAGAGAGGCCCCUGAUAUGGGCACUGGGUCACAGAGCCCUAGGAUGAGCCCCCAGACCACUUUUCCCUCCUAAAUCCAUUGGGAGCAGAAAGGGAGGGUGCAGGCAGAUGCUGGUAAAGAAGUCAGCAGAGCUGGCCACUGCCGGGACACCACAAUUCCUCAUGUUCUUUGAAGACCAGAAUGUUUAUUUCUGGUCAUUCGCUAGCGUGGCUGAUGCUUAAAUGUUACCCCCUUUCACAUUUUCUAUCUGUACGCUUUCAAAUCUGUGUCUCUCUUGCUGUGACUGCAGCCUCCUUACCAUCCCCCAUCUUGGUCUACCAGUUCACCUAAUUUCCGCAAACCUUCCCGAAGCCAGCCUUUCCUUUUCACCCUGUGAAAUCCCUCCUGCACCCUCUAGGCUUUUCUUCUCUCCCAAGCCUGGACCCCCCAGGCUGGCUCCUCAAGGUUGCUCUUGACCCCUUCGCCCCCUUAUUAUUAUUAUUCACCCAGCUUAAGAGUUGUCGAUCAACAGAUCGUUUCCCCCUCAGCCAUUUCCACUGUGCUGGCUGGGUCACCUCUUUAAGGCAAAAUUAUUUACAACUGACCUAGGAGGUGGUCAGCCAACACAGAAUUCUAUAUCCCCCGUAGACGUGGAUUUGAUGUUCUCAGUUUUAACUCUUUAGAGGCUUGGAUCCAUCCAUGAGAGAUCUGCACUUUCCUCAGUGUGCGCUGUGACAGUGAUGUUGGGGGUCUAGAACA